CAACCACCACUGAACCAACAGAUUUUGAGUUUUGGUGCAGGAUCUAUGUGCACCAUCCGCGCGUUGAAGAGUCUAAGACCUCCUUGGUACCCUCCUAGCAACGAAGUACGGAAGCUCAUCUCUCCUAAAAUCUCAAUUGCAAAAAACAUCUUGUCCAAUUUAUCACAACCACCAAUCACCACCACGCCAGCCACCUACUUCCGAAUUCCGGUCACCAUAUCGUCGGUGAAACUCACCCAUUUCCGCCAACCUUCUCCUGCAGUUUUACCAUUCGUUGUUCCUCUUUAGUUGGCUCAGCCCAAUUGAACUCCUAUCCUUGGCUCAGAUUUGCUUCUGCGCUCAAGAGAGGAUGUCAGUUGUUCAGAGCUGUCAACUUUGCCCAACAAGUUUUAUAGACUCACUCCAGAGCUCACUGUCCAAGUUUCAAGGUGUUCCUAUGCCACUACUUAGGUGCAAUUAUUCUAUUACUUUUGGGAGUCGUAGUUAUUGCUCAACCCAUAAUUUUAUACGGUCGUGUGCGAUCAAUGAGCAGAAUUUACCUAGGAAAUCCAGAUUUCUGCUCAGAAAGGAUAAUGUUUCAGGGUCGUCUAGUCAAACAUCCUAUUCUGAGUCAAAUAGAAGUGAUGGGAGUUCUAGCCAGACAUCAUUUUCUCAGUCAAAUAGAAGCGAUGGAAAUUCAUCGAGUGGUUGGUUAGAAAAGUGGAAGGAAACCCGUCAAAAAACUCCCCCGAAAUCACCUAGACUGGCAUUGAACUAUAGAAGCAGGGAUCAUAUGUUGAAUUCAUUUAGUGCUAGUGGUGAUUCGUCUAUCACGCAUGAUGGGGGAAGUACAAUGGACAGGAUUGUAAAGAAACUGAAAAAGUUUGGCUACAUGGAUGAUGCUAACGAAAAUGAUGAUAACCAAGAAAGGAUGAUUGAGAAAGGGUCAGUCGAGGAUAUAUUCUAUGUAGAAGAAGGGAUGCUUCCUAAUACACAUGGUGGAUUUUCUGAGAAUUUCUCAUUAGGGAUAGAGCAAGGUUUUAACAGCGAGGAAGAAGUACGAUUUCCAUGGGAGAAACCUGCUGCAAAAGUAGACGAGGCUAAAAACUCAGUUAUAAAGAGAAGCAGGACUUAUAUGGCUGAGCUUACUCUACCAGAGUCUGAGCAAAGGAGGUUAAUGAAUUUAACUUUGAAAACAAAGCAAAAAGUGAAGAUAGGUGGUGGAGGCGUUACACAAGCAACGGUUGAUAAAAUCCAUGAGAAGUGGAAAUCCGAAGAGAUAGUGAGACUAAAAGUAGAGGGCCCUCCUGCCCUAAAUAUGAAGCGAAUGCACGAGAUUCUUGAGAGGAAAACCGGCGGUCUUGUUAUUUGGAGGUCAGGGACAUCUGUGUCUCUCUAUCGUGGAGUGAGCUAUGAAGUUCUUUGGCGCACAUCUAAGAAAAUUGGAACUCAGGUUUCUGGCCGUUUGUUGCUUGAUCAAAAUACAAGAAUUCCUUCACAAAAUGAUUCUUAUGACAGUAAACAUUCUCCACAAGAAAGACUCCACAAAACUGGCGAUGAUAAAAAAGAUUCUGGACCUUUAACUGAAGUUAAGUAUGAGGAUGAAAUAGACAAGUUAUUAUCUGAUCUUGGGCCGCGAUAUGCAGACUGGCCAGGGGACAGCCCAUUACCCGUAGAUGCUGAUUUACUCCCAAAUCUAGUUCCUGGCUACCAACCACCAUUUAGGUUGCUCCCGUACGGAGUUAGACGUACUCUUGGAAUGAAGGAGUCUACAUCAUUAAGAAGGAUUGCUAGAACACUCCCCCCUCAUUUUGCUCUAGGCAGAAGUAGGCAACUAGAGGGUUUGGCAGCCGCCAUUGUGAAGUUAUGGGAAAGAAGUUCCAUAGCAAAAGUUGCACUGAAGCGUGGUGUUCAGCUUACAACAAGCGAGAAAAUGGCUGAGGAAAUCAAGAGGUUGACUGGGGGAAUAUUACUUUCCAGAAACAAGAACUUCCUGGUAUUUUACAGGGGCAAGGACUUUUUAUCAUCAGAUGUCACUAAAGUUUUACUAGAAAGGGAGAAGUUGGUAAAGGACCUUCAGGAUGAAGAGGAGCAGGCACGAACAAGAGCCUCUGGCUCAUUUAUACCUUCUGUUGGAAGUAGAGAACAUUAUAGAGCUGCUGGUACACUUUCUGAAACUUUGGAUGCAAAUAGUAAAUGGGGGAAGAGGCUUGAUGAUCAUCAGGCAGAAAAGAUGCUGAGGCAAGCUGAAGUAAUGAGACAUGCCAAACUUGUCAGGAAGCUGGAAGGGAAGCUUGCUUUUGCUGAAAGGAAGCUACUGAAAGCAGAAAAAACGUUGUCAAAAGUGGAAGAGUUCUUGAGACCAGCAGAUCAACAGCUGGAUCCUGAGAGUAUUACUGAUGAAGAGAGAUUUAUGUUCAGAAAGCUUGGUUUGAGGAUGAAAGCAUUCCUACUUCUUGGUAGACGUGGAGUUUUUGAUGGUACAGUUGAGAAUAUGCAUUUGCAUUGGAAAUAUCGUGAGCUUGUUAAGAUAGUUUUGAAGGCAAAGAAUUUUGAAGAUGUUAAAAACAUUGCUUUAGCACUUGAAGCUGAGAGUGGUGGCGUCUUGGUUUCUGUUGAUAAAAUUUCCAAAGGUUAUGCUAUCAUAGUAUUCCGAGGAAAAGAUUAUAUGCGUCCUCCUACACUGAGGCCAAAAAACCUUUUGACUAAGAGGAAGGCUUUAGCACGUUCCAUUGAGCUGCAAAGGCGUGAGGCUCUUUUGAAGCAUGUUGGAUUGUUGCAGCGGAACGUAGAGAAACUAAAAUCUGAAAUUGAACACAUGGACGUCAUUGAAGAAGAGAAAGACGAAAAAGAAGAGUUAUAUGAUAGAUUAGAUGCAGCAUAUUCUACAGAAGACGAGGAUAUAGAGGAGGAAGAAGACGAAGCAUACCUAACAACCUACGGCGACGAGGAUGAAAGUGAGAUGGAGGAGUUGUAGUGAUAAUCUCAUUCCAUAACUAACUACGACAAGUAAUUCCAGUUUCAGUCAAAUGAAGCAGAAGCAACAGCAGCAAAGGUUAAGGUGCAUUACAGAGACAGCAAUUGUAGAUAAACUUUGAAGUUGCAAUUGAAUUAUUUUGUAAAUAUAUGCUUGUAAAUUACUUAUGCAGGAUACUAUAGCUAAUUCUUAUUAUAAACCUCUAAUUCAUCAUCUUUGUCGAAAACAGUUAGCAUCCAUCAUUAAUGCAGGAUACUGAUUUUUAUUAUAA